GACCUUCGAGUUGGUAAUUACCAAGAAGUAUUUUUGCGGAAGAGCCGGAAGAAGAUAACUAGCGCUCCACAACGACUGCGAAGAAAGUAGGUACUUAUCCAAAACCAAACAAAUGCACGAGUCGAAUGCAGACUGCAUGGCAUCAGUUCUAACAGGUUCAUGUACCAAUGUCCCAUAAUUCGAGCAAAAGUGCAAUAAAAACGACGCCGUUUUGAAUAAUAUUUUUGAAUUGAAUUCAUCUUUCUGUCACGUCUGAAGGUUUAAAAAUAAUUAUUUCAAUUUCAUGAAGUUCGACUUCGAAUGGUUUGAAAAAACGACGCCGUUUUGAAUAUUUUUGAAUUGAAUUCUUUCUGUCACGUUCACAGGUGAAAAUAAUAAUUCCAGUUCGACUUCGAAUGGUUUACUGGUCGUUUAAUUAAGUUGUAAAUCCUGAAUCCUGCCAUCGCCAUUGUAGUCUAGUACGGAGCUCGAAGAUUUAAGCUUGAAUUCGAUAUAACUGCUUGACAAGCUCUGGAAACACUGUAAGAGCCUUCAGGUUGUGUCGAAGAAAUCCAAUACUUGCUCAACUAAUAUCAAUACUACUUACUAUUCGUGUUUUUCUACGAGAUGGCCGGUUAUUUUGAAGAAAAUUGAUGCAGGAAAGGAAUCUCUGCUGCCUUUUCAACGACAACGAACCGCAAUCAGAUAUUUACUAGGUGUGUAUUCCAAUACUUGCUCGACUAAUAUUAGUAUAGUACCUACUAUUCGUAUUUUCCUACGAGGUAGCCGGUUAUUUUGAAGAUAAUUGACGCAGAAAAGGAAUCUCCGUUGUCUUUUCAACGAUAGCGAACCACAAUCAGAUUUUUCCUAGAUUGUGUCGAAGAAAUCCAAUACUCGCUCUACUAAUAUCAGUAUAGUACCUACUAUUUGUAUUUUCCUACGAGAAGGCCAGUUAUUUUGAAAAAAAUUGACGCACGAAAGGAAUCUCCGUUGCCUUUUCAACGACGACGAACCACCCUACCUACUUGAAUUUUAUACAUAUUUGUAGGUACCUAUAGUACAAUGAGUGGUGACGAAGAUUUCGAGUGCAAAAGGCGCAGAACCGAAGGCCCUUAUGAAUUCGUCACAAUAAAUCCGACAAUUCUAACCAACGUUUCCAAAUUAGUGGAUAUAGCUUCUGUUGCGGUCGCGGCCAGUUUAUGGAAUCACGUCAACGUUUCCGAACAAUUAUCGGAGGUGAAAGAAAGGUGGACGAAAAGUAGCACCCAAUGGAGCACUUUGCGCGGCAACGUAAUCGCAUUGAUCGACCAAUUACCUAUUCAGAAGCCUAUCACCGACCAAGUUGAACAAUACGUUCGUAAAAUGGCCAACGAAAUAACCGCUUGGGUAUCGUACCACUAUAGAACUGUGUUUUUGAAAACUGGAUCCGAUAAAUUCAUCUACAUAUAAUCUGCUGUAUCACAUUGUGUGGUAUCCUAACGGCGCCAUCGACUGCGUUCAAACGGCCAGAAGUAUCGUAAAGUCGUCGAGAUUGAGCGAUGUCGAAAAAUUGAUAUUCUCGUGCGUGUAUUGCUUGAAAGAUGAAAUGGAUAAGAUGCCGCCGUGGUUAUUUUCGAGCAACGUUUUCAAAUAUGCGACUCACGACGAAAAUCCUCUGAUUUUCUAUUGGUAUUGUUUCUACAGACACGAAUUGGACAGACUGCGCGAGAUCAUAGGUUCCUAUCGAGAUCUCGCUACAUUAUUAUACAUGCUCCAUCACGAGAAAGUCGAUAAUUGGUCGGCCAAGCAGCAUUUUUUUGAUGAGCUGAACUGCGAUCAGCAAAUACGAGAAGCAUAUUCGACUAAUUGACGAACAUGCCGCCGUUUACCAGAAAGCAGUGUUAUUGAAAUUGAAUGAAACGCAGCGUGUAACCGUUUAUAUGGAGCGAGCCGCGCAAAUUAUCGUAAAUUACACUCGUCCUCGUAUCCUUACGAGAUAUAUUCUUCAGACGUGGUUCGAAGCUCGGAAUUUGAUGAGCGAAGAUCAGUUUUUGUCUUUAUUUCGAGAACUGUUGAGCUCAAAUGUGAAAGAAUUCGUUUUAAGGGAGAUUUGGACCACUGCGAGCGAGGAUUUCAGAACCCACGCGAUAUGUGCCGAUAAUUACGAUAUCGCCAGAAUUGUACUAGAUGUAUGGAAAUGGCGCGAAAGCAGCGAUUUUAUAUUCGUUCUGCUACACGAUUCGAGCGCGAUGAUCAAAAAAUCCAUCACAACGAAAAUAUUUUUCAACGCCUACCUUUUAAAAUUAAUAACGAAGAGUAAAUUUGAAGAAUUGAAUCGAUUGUUGCAAUUUUUUCUACCUGAUGCUACGGAAUUGGAGGAGUUUAAAUCGAGCCUUAUGGCGGACAAUGCGGAAUCUGAUACUUUCAACUUCAACGUAUUGUGCGAAAAAUUAAUUACGACCCGUAAAUUUCAACAGCUCGAAGAAUUGCUUCAAUUUUGCCUGCCAGACCCCGAUGAUCGAGCACGAUUUAAAAUCAAUCUCGUCCACAAUUCGGCUAACGUCAGAAAAACUUGCUUGAAUUUUUAUUCGUCAGAUGAGGAUGACUCGAAUCGUUUAAAUAAUUAUCUCGAACAACUUUUAACUCCGUAUCCGCAUGCUGUAGUUCAAUAUAAACGAGAAUUGGUAAUGUCAUCUCAGGGAAUCGCCAAACUGAAGAAUUUCUUGCUGAAUGGUCGUUUGGAUACCAUGCAAAACUGUAUCGAUCGUAAUCUCACCUCAGACCAGGAUAAGGAAUCCUUAAAGGUGCAAGUGGUCGGCGAUGUUAGUCAACUGAUGCAAACUUUACUGCGUAACAACGACGAAUCGUACUUACAACAUGUUUUAUUAUGGUACUUCGGAGACGUGAAUGCCGUUCUACAGUUCAAAAGCUCGUUGUCCUUGGAUCCGAUUUUCCUCAAUAUGUUGAAAGAUUGUAUUUUUAAGAAGUAUCACGAUUCUAUCAAGCGAUGCAACUUUAAACCCGCCAAUAUUAACAAUUUCGAUGGUAUGGAACGGCUGUUGAAGUGGUAUUUCGAGUCGCCAGCCAAAGCGAGAGAUUUCAAAAUGAAAAUUAUCUACAGGCAUCCGAAGAUCGAUAUUUUCCAGACUAUUUUGAGGGGAAGCCGAGGCGACGAUCAGUUGAAAAUAAUUCUGCAGUGGUUUUUUAAAGAAGACAGCAACGAAAUAGCGAAAUUCAAAAGGCGUUGGCAUGGUGGCAAAAUUACUAAUUUCAUUUAGACUUGGGUAUGUUGAGUAGGUGUUUUGUGUUUUUUAUUUUAUCACGAUCGAUAUAGGUACCUAGGUACUUAUUGCCUCCUUUAUGCAGGAAUUGAACUCGGUCACUUUUUUUAAGUAAACAAGUUACUUAAGUUACCAAUAGUAACUUAUGGUUACCUACUUUCUAAAAAAAUUUCGUUAUUAAAAGUUACUUUUUUCUAGUUUUUUCACCUAUUUUUUUUUUUUUUUUUUUUUUUUUUUUGGAAAUUUAUGACCAAAAUUUUUGAAGAAAAAAAUACCCUAAUGCUUUUUUAGCGUUCUGAAUUUUAUUUUUCUAAAUUUGGUGGUUUUUCUUUUGAAAUAUUUCUAAUUUUUUCUUAAUUGUAACAAGUACAUAUACUCAUUCAUUAUUUUAAAAUUUGUCGUUGGUUUUUAAUGGAUUUCUCCUGUUUUGAUGAUUUUUGGUGUCUACAUUGUUUGAAGGAAAUCAUACAAGGUGUUUGAAGACAUCAUUUUUUACAAAAAUUUGGCUAAAAACUUGAAUGUAAAUUGUGCCCAUCCCCCCCCCCCCGACCUUAAAAAAUUCCAUAAGUUCUCGAAAGAUGACCUGCUGAAAGUCCUACUUUUUCAUUUUGAAAUUUUGUUAGACACCCUGGUUAUCGUUAUUUUUUAGAGUUAUAAUAUUUGUACCUAAUUACCUACCGUACCUAUAUAUGUAUAUUUUGUGCGUUUCUUUUUCGUCGAAUUGUCUUUCAGAUAAGUCAAAACUUGUUUAGAUUUUUCGAAUAAAAUGACUAUACGAAUAAAGGUAUUUAUUACAUUUUGUUGUAAAAAUCAAUGGCGUUAUUUUUUCAUACACCCAAUUUGGUUAUUUUAUCAUUUAUUUCAAAAACCGAAACAAUGGUCAAUGUUAUUGUGAUGAUGAUGUGGAAAUGCGUUUACAUAUUAAGUAUAAGAAACGUGCA